AUGGGUAGUGGUUCGCAAGUUGCCUUGAGGGCAACAGCAACGGCACCGAAAGACACUUACGUCGAAAAUGACGACGCUAACCAACCUUUUCCUAUCCCCUCAUUACGAAAUCAGAGCCAAGUGACCAAAAGUUCUUCAAAGACCGCAUGA